AAUAUGGCGGAUCAGGUCUCCAUGAAAACUCAACUGGGGUUAAAAAUUUGAAUUAUUCCAGUCCUGUUCUUUAUCUUGUGUUGUUUUCAACUCACUAAGUUCCAUUUUCAAUCUUGGAACUACAUCGUUUCUCCAUGGUAACUCUAGUUUGGAUAAAAGUGUGAUCAAGAUUGCCUGAGGGAUCCGCAAGCUUGAGUCUUGACGCGAUACUUUGUAAUGGAUUUCGACCAGACACAAGUAAUAGACGAUUUUGGUGUGGAGGAGGAAGUGAGUGAGGAAGAGAAUAACGGUCGAUCCAAGAAAAUCGAGGUUGCACAUCUUAAAGUUUUUUCUCAACAAGGUUUUAAAGAAUCAGUCUUUCCAGUAUUCAAAGGUGAUAAUUUUAUAGGGAGAGAUGGCAAGUGUAAUAUAACUAUCCCUAUAAAGGCCUUGUCAAAGAAACAUGCCUGUAUUGAAGUGCAAAGAGAUCUUCAUCUUCUUUAUGACUGUAAGAGUAAAAAUAGGACAAGGAAAGGAAAGUCUCUGCUAAAGCCCAUGGUACGUUACGAGCUUAAACAUGGUGAUAUGUUGACUUUUGGUGAUGUGACUUGUCAGUACUUGGUAGGCAUGGAAGAGGAAGAGGAAGAUGGGGAUGAAACUGGUUCUGAAACAGGUUCAGAAUCCAUGUUAAUGGAUGUGAAUGUUGACGAAGAACUGAAGAAGACUGAUAAGUCAAUUGUAAGUGAGGAUGUUAGUUUGUCAAGUACAAUUGAUGAGCAUGUUAAAGGUGCUAUCCCAAGGGAAUCAUUGUUGCAGGCAACACCAGGCCACAAAACAAAAAAACCAUCCAAGGAUGAUGAAGAUGCAUAUGCUGCAGACACAGAUUCUGACACAGAUGAGGAGCGACCUCUUGUGACAACAGCAGUGCCAACUAUAAUGUUUAGCUCUGAAGACGAAAAAGAGAUACCAAAUGAUCAGAGGGCCUCAAGUGAGUUAUUAAGUGUCCCAAUUAAACAAGACACUAGCAUGGAAGGGCAGACUCUAGCAUUUGGACUUGGGAGCCCGACUAACGUGUUUCUGAGUAGAGAUUCAACAGGAUCUUCAGGAUCUCACUCGGCUCAAACAGGAAGCAUUCCACCAACUCUGAAGAUUAGCUCUGAAUCUGAUUCGCUCUCAGAUGUUAGCCCAUUCAGGCAUCCUGGAGCUAGGGGCUCUGUCACCCAACCACCAUGUGGGCCUACACUGUUAUAUGGCUCUGAAUCUGAUGAUGGGAGCCCAAUUAAAAGACCAAGGCACCCAACAGUAAGGGUUGCAGACAAGGGCCCAUCUUGUGAGCCAACACUUUUGUAUGGUUCAGAAUCAGAUGGAUCUCCAAAAAAGAAACCCAGACUACCAAUGGCAUCAAAUGAACCGACUUUGUUGUAUGAGUCUGACUCUGAUGAAAGCAAUGAUAAGGCAGCCAAAAGAUUGCGUGCAUUGGGUGACAGCCAUCAGGGAAAUCAGGAUCAAACAUUGUUAUACAGUGAUAUAUCUGAAGGGAAACUGCCAAGUAUUCCAGGAAAAAGUUCAGCAGAUGGAGAGAACAAAGAUAGCACUGAUGGUUCGACAAAAGAAAGGCCAAACACCGAGGAAGAAAUGGGGGUGGUUGAGGAUACUGAUGCUACGCUACCAUACUGUAGAGCUGAAAUGAGUUCAACUGAUGAUGAGGGUGAAUCAGAAGGUGUUAGAACUGCUAAGAGGACCAGUGUUGAUGAAACACCAGCUCCUAUACUGCGAACUUUGGCUUGCAACACAAAAGAAAUAGAAGAGGAUUUGACAGAUGAUGAACAACACAAUAGAGAUGCUGAUGAUUAUGGAGCAGAUGUUGCCACUCAAGCCUAUGCUGUUCAAAGUGACUCUGAACUUGAAAUUGAAUCUGUUUCAACUAGGGAUGAGGCAGUGGCAAGAGAUCUGAACCAGGUGGCUAAUCCUUCUGAUCUUGAGGCAACACAAGCGUAUUGCAUAGAAGAAGGAGAGGAUUCUGACAGUUCAGAUUCACAGCCACUUCCAAUUGGCAUUGCUAAAACAGCAGCUACUGAUGACAUUCAAGCAACCUUAGCUUAUGGCAUUGGAGAACCAGAAAGGGUAAGUGAUUCAGAGAGGGUUGAUAACAAUGACGGUGAUCACAAGAGAGGUCAGGCACAAGCACUUGUGUAUGAUGACUUACAAGCCACCCUGGCAUAUGUGAUUGGAGGUGGUGAUGAUGAAGAAGGUUGUACAGAGACAGAUGGAGAGCAGCCUUCUGACCUUGAUGCUGGGGUCAGCAGAGGUGAUGAUGUCCAAGCUACUACUGCAUAUGGGCUGGAAGCAACUCAAGCAUAUGGAGCUGAAGAAAUCGACGAGGAGGAGACUGCUGUUAAGAACAGAGAUGACAUAGGUGGAUAUCAAGGUAGAGGUACUGGUCCUGACGCAAAUGCAGCAACACUUGCAUAUGAUUUUGGUUCAACUCAGCCUUAUUGUGGGAAUGACAAUGGUGCAACUGAGGAUGACAAGGGAGACAAUGCUUUUGAAGAGCAUAUUACUAAAAUGGAGAAUCUUGCCACUUUAGCUUAUGGGCUGGAAGAAACCCAAGCUUAUGCUUUUGAUAAUAAUGAUUCAGAGUCAUCUCACAAUGACAUGAUUGAAGCUACCCAAGCAUAUGGUAUUGAUGGUCCAUCUGCAGAGGAGACAGGGCCACUAGCACAGUUGUAUGCAGCAUCUACUGUUCAGGGUGGGGUGACAGGCAUAGAUGAAAAUAAAAAUGGUGUAUCAGCUGUUAGUGAAGUGGAUAUAAGUAAACCUUCCUCAAGCUCUGCUGUUGAUGUAGUGGAUGACUCUCAAGACCGUGAAGAUGUAAUGCCACGGCGAUCACGUUCUACAAGGGGAAGGAAAAAGCCAGUUAUUGAAGACUCUCAAGAAGUGGGAUCAGCUGAAAAUUAUGCAGUGUCUGUGGUAGAAAUAUCAAAUAAUGACAAAAGAGAGGAAACUAAAGUGGAAAGUACACCAGGCAGUAUUUUAAAUAGAAAUGGUAAAAAUUCUCGAGUGACUCUUUCCAGCAGAAAGGGAAGAAGAGGGGCAAUGAGGGUAACAAUUGACUCUGGAAUGCCAGAUGAGGAUGAAGGUAAAGAAACAUUGUCAAGAGGAGGACAGAGUGGAACAAAGGAGACAAAUGCAUCUGAGAGUCAAGACAAAGAGACUUCUAAAGUGCCAGCUUCAACAGGGAGAAAAAGAAGAAGACAAGCUGGGAAAGGAAAAUUUAUUGAAGAGAUGGAAGGAACAACCAUAAGAAAAUCAAGAAGAGGACAAAAAGGAAAGGGAGCACAAAUGGAAGCCACAUUUCUGCCAGAAACACCUCCUAUGCCAUCCACAGACACUACUGCUAAAGAGAUAAGAGAGAGUCCACCAGAUUCAUCAGCUGAAGCUGUUCCAACAAGAGGAAAAGGGAAAGGAAGAGGAAAGGGAAGAGGAAGGAAAAAUGAACAGUUGGUGGAGGAAUCAGUGGCAAGGGAAUCCAUUGGUUCAGAGAUAUCUACCAUCUCUAAUGAACCAGAGCCCCCAGAAACUGUGAGUACACCUGCCAGAGGGAAGGGUCGAGGCAAAGGCAGAGGAAUCAAAGCUCAGCCAAAGAUAGGCAUGGAUCAUGAAUUAGAAGCAUCUGCAAGUACUUCUCCACAAAAAACAAGUGAAUCCAUUGGUUCAGAGAUAUCUACCAUCUCUAGUGAACCAGAGCCCCCAGAAACUGUAAGUACACCUGCCAGAGGGAAGGGUCGAGGCAAAGGCAGAGGAAUCAAAGCUCAGCCAAAGAUAGGCAUGGAUCAUGAAUCAGGAGCAUCUGCAAAUACUUCUCCACAAACAGAGACCCCCACUGUUAAUGUCAAUGAGUUGCAGCCAUCAGAAUCACCUGCCAGUGUCUCAACUUCAAAAAGAAAGAGUAGAGGCAGGAAGAGAAUACAACCUACAGCAGCUGAAUCAGAGGCUUUGGUGUCAUCAGAAGGUACAGAAUAUUCUGAGACUAUUGCAGACUCAGAGGAAAGCUCAACAGCUGGAAGCAGUCAGCAAAGUUGCAGAGUGAGACCAAGGAAGCAACAACCAGAGGACUCUGAGUCAGUGGAGAUGGUGGAAACACCAGCAAAGAGAGGGAGGCGUGGAAAGGAGCCUUCUGUGAACCGAAGCCCAUCCUUACAGAGGGGAAGGUCUUCUACUGAAAAUAGUCCAAGGAUAAUUUUCACAGGCCUUUAUGAUAAACAGGGUGAAAAAGUUGUGAUAAGCUUAGGAGGUCAGCUGGUGGAUAACAUUCACAACUGCACUCAUCUGGUUACUGAUAAGGUACGGCGCACGGUCAAGUUCUUAUGUGGUCUUGCCGGUGGGCAGAUCAUUGUUCUUCCUUCAUGGCUAGAAGCUUGUAAAAAGGCAAAGAGUUUUGUAGACACAUCACCAUUCUUAGUUAAGGAUAAAGAUGCAGAGAAGCAAUAUAAUUUUGAUCUUCAAAGAUCUCAUGAAGUUGCACUCACUAAGGGUCUUUUAGAGGGUUACAAGGUGCAUGUAACAAAGAAAGUUAAACCAGAACCAUCACAGAUGAAAGACAUAAUUCAGAGUGCCAAAGGAGAGUUCUUGACCAGUAUGCCAAGAAGUAAAGAGGACAGAGUUUUUGUGAUCUCUUGUAACGAUGACAGAAGUGUUUGUAGAAAACCAAUGGAAGCUGGCAUCCCUGUGGUCAGUGCUGAAGUUCUUCUCACUGGAGUAUUGCAACAAGAGCUUAAUCUUGAAGAAUACAAAUUAUUUGCUGAGGAAAUGUCUGAUACAACUCAGGAGACAAGCAGUUUAAGUGGACAAAACAAAAGAAGGAAUGAAACAUCAGAAGGAGGUGGUGCAACAUCAUCAUCCUCAACACCAGGGGCAAAGAACUCAGGGUCCAAAAGAAGAAAGAGAUGACCUAUUCUUUGCUUUUAAAGGUCAUGUUUACCACAUUUAAGAUGCUCAGAAAUGUACCAGGAUCUUAGAAAUCAGUUAAUGGUUUGGUUUUGUGGAGGAGGGUUGGAGCCAGUGGAAUGACAGCUCUGAUGGGUGCAAGAAAAACUCUCCAUUACCUUGGAAACUCUGAGAUUCAAAGCACAAUAAGCCUUUGCACUAAAAAAAAAAAAUAGGAGAAAAGAAAGAGACCUUUUCACAUGGAGAACUAUAAUUAUAGUCUAGCUAAUAAUCUAAAAGUCUAAUACAACCUAAAUAUCAUAGAUCAAAUACUUGACUUUUAGAACUGUCAAGGGUAUGAAUGCUGUGGAAUCUUCCUGCAAAGAACACACUCACAACUAGGUGAAAUGUCCCCUGUAUAGAAGUUCCUUGAAUGAUCGUAUCUGAUUCAAAGAUUAAAGGAACAUCUCUUCACUUGAGACUGAUAUUUGUUUGCCCUGGAAUGGAGGUUUCCCAAAAGAGAGUUUACUCUGCAUAUUUUUUUCUCUAGCUGUGUGCUUAACAGAUUUCUUUCUCUCUUUGUACUUCUGUAAAGUUUUUCUGUAGAGGAUCCGAUGCAUUGAGCUCUGUUGCUGACAUUUUUACCCACCAAGGAGAGUGUGUUUAUAUUUGAUCAUAUUUGAGUUCCCAGUUCUCAACUGAAAGUAGGAAAUCAAGGUGCAACAUACAACAGAGAGGACAAAGCUGUGCAUAGAUGAUCUGAUGAUAAAUGAUCAUGAGAUUCUUAAAGCAAUGAAAAAGAUGGUCUUCAUGAAGAUACCUUUUAGAUAGUUUAUAUAAACAGAUAUACAUGUAUGUUUGCUUUUAGAGUUGGUGUUCAUGCUUUUUAUAUGCUAAAGUUUGACAAAAAAGUGGCAGCUAUAAUGGGCCCAUUUAGUUGUGUAAAGCCUUGUGUUAGCCACUGUGAAAGGUUAUGUUUUACCGUCUGCAGUAAAAAAUAAAUAUUUUAAUCACACCACAAAAAGUUUGCACCUGCAAGGAUUUUUUUCUAGAUGUAAAUUUAAUACAUAAUGCACCCUUAACCCUUUAUUUCCCAAGAUCUCUUUAAACUAGUAAUUCUCCCUACUUUCCUCUGCAUAAUUCUGAUGAUGUUAGUUUGGAGAAUUUAGUGUUGGAUCAACUAUUAAUCCCCCAA